CGCAUCGCCGGGUUCCCAGCCCGGUAAAGACUAUAUAUCUCGCGUGACAGGGAAAAAACUAACAGUUAACACAAAGUAUGAAAUACCCAGACAAUCCUUGGGCGACGAGUGUCGCCUUCAGCACCUAACAGGCUGGACUGUAUGUCCGACACAAUGGACCACCCAACCGUUAAGCCAACAUGGAUUAACUUCUUUGACGGGGAAGUAUAUCACCAGUACCAGUCUUUUGUGAAAACAAGGGAUUUUACAAAGAUCCUCCAAAGCCAAAGAGCGGAAGAUAAAUCCCAGCUUCAGGAUCUCAAAACAUGGCCGCAACAGGAAAUGACGUCACACCCAGCCGAUGACCCAAUCUCAAACCCGGAUGCAGAAUACUCGGAGAUUCCCGCUGACAGGGCACUCCCACCUGAUGUCAUCUUCCCCUCAGCAGAGGAAGCGAAGGCUCGGAGAAAGCGAACUCGGACAUACGUCCUUCUCGGCAUCCUGGUCAUGUCCUUGGUCGCCAUGUUAGUGGCCUUGCUACUUCACUUUCAUCUUCAAAAGUCUCUGUUUGGUAGCGCGUCCCGCAUGGGUGCCGCCACAACCUCCCCUGCCCCAGGCUUUGCGAGCAUCAACCCCUUUCAGACCACGCCCAACAUCAGGUCAACUGACAGAUCUGGAGCAAACGUGAAGAAUGAAACUUUUUUCCAUCAUCCCGAUCCUAAUUUUUUGAAAACGAUAUCCCGGGAUGGCAACAAAGUUAUCGGCGACUUACCUCCCUUUGAGCCUGCCAAGUUCCUCAAUGACGUCACUAUGAUCCCUACAUCUGGAAUCGAGGCUUCCAUUUUCGGCUUAAGGCCAGCUCCCAUCACCGUCACCGCCCCCAACGUCCUGUCGACGAUGUUGGAGCGGGAGCUGCAGCUGGAUUGUCUGAUCAAGGGGGAGGCGGACUGGCAGAGUGUCGCCAUCGUCAAGCUGGGGGAGUCGGGGCCGACGGAUGCGCAGGAGGUGGCAAAGUUUUCUACCAAACCUGAUCCAGCAUCUGCAACAAGAACCGACCGGAGAGUAAAAUAUGACGUCAUCAAGUCCGGAAAUGACGUCAAAUUCAUUGUGAAGAUUUCCCACCCCGUAUGCAGCGAUCAUGGCUAUUACCAGUGUGUGGUUACCUUGACCCCGGGUACCGUGAUGACCUCAAGGUUCAGGGUCGCAAUCACGUCUCCGUCCCAAGGUCCCGUUCUGCACGUGCCAAACGAGAUAGUGGAGGCCAAACCGACCCGCCUGAAGACCACGUGGGAUGCGGGACAUCCAGAAUUCAAUGGAAUUCUAGAAUGGGAACUUCUGGAUAAGGACACCUGGUCUGAGUUGGCCUACACAGACUACCAACAAACACAGACUCGAGCUAACUGCUCAACUAUCAUUGAGAGCCAGUUCCUAGUCACACCGAAACUGUCGUGGAAUGCGACAACUAUCAGGGCCAAUGUUAUUCCCACCCCUUCGUUCACCGACACGGCGGACACAGCGGCCAAUGUUACUCUGGAAUCUCAACACGAGGAAAUACUGGUCGUGCCAGCUGAUGUGUGUCACGGUUCAAGUAACGGGACGUUCAUCAAACAUCCGUACACCUGCCACAAGUUUAUUAGGUGCAUUGACAACGACGUUUUGGUGUUCGUUUGUCCUUCUAACCUCUGCUUUGACCUUGACCCCGAGACGUGUGUCAAAGAAUCUGAUCAUGUGGGAUAGUCAUGAACAACGUCUCCCCACAUGAUCAUCAGGAACAAUGGAACCACAUGCACGUGCAUGAAGUGACCUUUCAGUGAUCACAAAGUAAUGUAUUUGUUAGAACGUCCGCCGAUGUCCUCUUGUUUGCAGGGAUCAGUACUUGUCGGUGUCCUUCAUCAUUGCGUCAGUGAUCAGUGAGUAUGGUUUUACGCCGCUUUUAGCAAUAUUCCAGCAAUAUCACGGCGGGGGAUACCAGAAAUGGGCUUCACACAUUGUACCUAUGUCGGGAAUCGAACCCGGGUCUUCGGCGUAACGAGCGAACGCUUUAACCACUAGGCUACCCGACCGCCCCUCUUUGCGUCAGAAUGGCGUCCCCUCAACUCAGUCACUCCUGAAGAUUGUUCUAGCUUCGAGUGAUAAAACAAGACGUCGGGACCAGGUUUACUUUCAUCACAUACAGUAUAUGGAGUGAGUGAGGGAGUGAGCGAGUUUAGUUAUCGCCGCUUUUAACAGUAUUCCAGUUAUAUCACGGCGUGUCAGCGUAAUGUGGGAGGAAAGCCCGAAGUGAUGCAGGUCUUAGACGUUUACCACUUCGGUGAAAGCAAUGAGCACGGGUAUGGUGCUGACAAAUCUAGAAACAUAAUCGGGGCGAACCGGGAUUCGAACCCACAAUCAUAGGUUCCUGACGUGUCCAAGGGACGCAACUCUGCACAUCGAAUUGCGGCGCCUUGGACGAUUGGGCCACCCGCGCCCCCAUAUUGAGUUGGGGAAUGUGUCAGCUUCAACUGAAGAAGAUAGACUUAGCGCGACAAGGUUUUACCGAUGGUCAGAGAGCCAUUCAACAAAUUUUCACCAUUUUGCCUGUUACACCUAAUGGAAUCUGUUUCGGCGGAUAAUCGAGACUGGUUAUGCUCUGGCCUUGACGUUUUAUAUCUACAUCACAUUGAGUGGGAGACUGCUGGUGCAAUGCUGUCAUUCAAACUCUUGAUUGUGUGGCCAGCUUUAUCGCUUCUGUUACUGCGAAGAAUAUGAUAGUUAUAAAACAAACACUAACAUAUCAUUUGGUUUCACGGGUUUCACGGGUUUCACGGGCCUUAGUCUUGCGUAACGUCGGCACCUCAUUCUGAAUAUUGACCUGAUACUUGCUGAACAUGAACCUUGUCUUGGUGAACUGGGCAGAUGUGUGUCCAGUGGUUCAAAUGGCGACAUUAUGUCAAGUAGAAGAUGGCAUUCUCCCUUACAUUGAAGCUUGGCUUCUGGCACCAUACUGACGUCACAUCCAAUGUCACAUUCUAAGUUUCUCCGCAUCAAACUGACACGCCGUCAUAUACCUGAAACCCUGAUCAAUUCGGCGUGUUCAACACAGGUCACUCAUUUAUGUCAAAUAUAUGAGGGGCGGUCGGGUAGCCUAGUGGUUAAAGCGUUCGCUCGUCACACUUAAGACAUUGGUUCGAUUCCCGACAUGGGUACAAUUCGUGAAGCCAGUUCUGGUGUCCCCGACCGUGAUAUUGCUGGAAUAUUGCUAAAAGCGGCGUAAAACCAUACUCACUCACUCACUCACUCACUCAAAUAUAUGAACUCUUUGUUCCUUAAGUUCAAUUAUGACCCUAAUGGCUGUUUUCCCUCCGAGUGCUGCUUAAGACGUCAAUAUGGAUCACUCAGUGUUUAAAAAAACUAGGCGCUAGACAAAAAGGCUGAAAACGCUUAAGGAUGAAGCAAUGGUGGAAUUAAUACUUCCUUGUGAGAACUUGCGAUGUCGCUACCAGUACACGAAGGUGACGAUGUGAGGUGGCAGUUUUAUUACCGGACGUCCCAAAGCUGUGCGGAAUCCGGAGGUCGCAAACUACGUCACGUCAUUGUUAUGUGAUGGGGUCAUGGGUAGGGAGGACAACUUCGUCACAUCAGUUUUGUACAAAAUACAUCGCUUUUAUCGACAGUGUCUGUAACACUCGCAGAAGCUAAUAGGUGUUGUCGUUAUUGUACAUAGCGAUAUAUAUAAUAUAACUUACAGCCUGAUUUUUAAAAUAAGAUGGAAAUGAGUUUUUAUUUGCAUACAUAUCAUAACAAAUAAUUCUGUUUAGAUGUCUACAUAUACGUAUUCAUACAUAAAAAUAUAAAAGGAACUCUUCUUCCAAAAUGUUCUUAAUAGUCUGGAUGUAAUUUUUGCAUUUUCUUUUUUCUUUUUUUUUAUGGCUAUUAAAUCUGUUCUGUUUAUUUAGAUCUACUAAUAUGUUCUACAAAAUUAUUUAGGAAGUAAGCGUUAACCUUCGUAUGACCUUGAAAACCCCUCGCAAAUGUCCGUCAGAAAAGCUGUUGUAUCCCAUACGUUAUAUCCAAACGACACGGGGCGGUCGGGUAGCCUAGUGGUUAAAUUUAAGCGUUGGCUCGACACGCCGUUGAUCCGGGUUCGAUUCCCGAAAUGGGUACAAUGUGUGAAGCCCAUUUCUGGUGUCUCCCGCCGUGAUAUUGCUGGAAUAUUGCUAAAAGCGGCGUGAAACCAUACUCACUCACUCACUCACUCCAAACUCCACUCUGUGAUAACAGAACAAACAGUGCAAAUGGAAUAUCAGAAGGAUGUCCUGCCCAAAUAAAAGCAUUAUAGUGUUGGUCAUAUGUCAGAUGUAUCAAUACACAUGUGUACAAAUGGCAAUACGUUAUAGAUAACUAUUAUAAUGUUGCAUCUUACACAUGUGUACAAAUGGCAAUACUUUAUAGAUAACUAUUAUAACGUUGCAUCUUACACAUGUGUACAAAUGGCAAUACUUUAUAGAUAACUAUUAUAACGUUGCAUCUUACACAUGUGUACAAAUGGCAAUACUUUAUAGAUAACUAUUAUAAUGUUGCAUCUUACACAUGUGUACAAAUGGCAAUACGUUAUAGAUAACUAUUAUAAUGUUGCAUCUUACACAUGUGUACAAAUGGCAAUACUUUAUAGAUAACUAUUAUAAUGUUGCAUCUUACACAUGUGUACAAAUGGCAAUACUUUAUAGAUAACUAUUAUAAUGUUGCAUCUUACACAUGUGUACAAAUGGCAAUACUUUAUAGAUAACUAUUAUAAUGUUGCAUCUUACCCUGAGGAAUGCUAUGUACAUAGCAGCGCUUCAGUAUGUUAAAACGCUCGAUAGUAUUAUACUGUAAUUAAAGCGAAGAUACAGCACAUACUAUGUAGCACCUUGUAGCAUCUAUCUAUCCUCCCUGUCUUGGGCUAAAUAGUUUCCGCUAUCAGGAAUCUGCUGUAGGCAAUGAUUCAAUUAUCAUUUUUAUCUAAAACAGUAACACAUACUCACCUGUUAAUGAGGAAUUGCUUUUUUAUUCUCAUCAUGAAUUAGAAUAAAUAAUUGUAGCUUCAUUGUUUGAAAUAAUUAAGUUGAAAGGAAAUAAUGAAAUAGAGUUUCCUAAGAUAUUUGUCCCGUAGUAUUGACAGCAGCAUUUGGGGGAGGGGGCGACGAUUUCUAGGGUCUGGAGGGGCAGGUUGUCCCCAUAAUGUGUAGCUGACACUAGGACAUCACCUGGGACACAUGAUGACAUCGUUACGCCCUGUGAUGCACACAGGGUGGCUGCUUCAUCAGCAUCGGGAAUCUGCAUCUAAGGGAUGUAACUCUGCUGUGACUAAUCGAGACGACAGUGUCCAUUUAUCUUGUGUGUACUGUACUGUACUGCCUGUGUUUAUAAUGAACAGUAACCACGUAACAUAUAUAUGCUUAUUAUAUAAUCGGAUGCAUUGUGUGUGUUUAGAUUUCUGCUAUGGUUGAAUAAAACUUCGAGACUGA